AAUAUACUCAUUCAGAGGAGAGAGAGCGAGAGAGAGAGAGACGCGCACACACACACAUACACAGACUGCACAGCUCAGAGGACAAGAGACUAAUCAUGCAGAGGUGUUUUAUUAAAGAUGGCCAACGUUGAGAACCCACUCACUAAUGUGCAAAGUGGCUACACCAUCAUCACUCAGGUUCUUCCCUCAUCAGCAGUCAGACAAAAUCCCUCUCAGACACUCAGCCCACUGCAGAAAUUCCUGAAAGGGGAACCAAAAGUUCUGGGAGUUGUCCAAAUAAUCUACGGUUCGUUGAUGCUGAUAUUUGGUUUUAUGUUCUUGGGCAGACCGUUUCUCAAAUUUGUAAUUAUUGGAAUUCCAUUCUGGGGCUCGUUGCUUCACAUCACAGCUGCUAUUCUGACUAUUUCUGCAAGCAAAACACUCCACCCCUGUGCGGUAAAAAGUGCUCUGGCAGUGAAUAUUCUUGGUGCGCUCACAGCAGCCAUCAGCAUCCUCACACUUGUUUCAGAUUUACGGUCUCAUUAUGGGAUCUGCUUCGGUUAUGGAUGCCGCGGGAGUAUGGACUACAUCAGCGGAAUCCUCGGCAUCCUGCUGGUUUUCUCUCUGCUCCAGUUCACCACAUCCAUCUCCAUCUCAGUUUUUGCCUGUAAAGCCACAUGCUCAAAUGAACCUAAUCUGGAUAUCAACAACGUGGUUCCAAAUCCUGAGGGAUAUCUUCCUGUGGACACUUCCUUCCCAGGUCAUCAAGCUCAACUGGGGAUCAGCACAAUCUACAAUGUUGCGAUGAACAGCCCACCUGUGGAAAGUCCUCCAGCGUACACGGAGAUCAAAAGCGAAUCGGACAACUGAAGAUCAUUUCAAAAAAUGAGGAAUUAACCUGUUAAUGGUUUAAAUAAAUUGUUAAUUAUCAGAGAGAGGAAUGAUAUUCACCUUUUGUAAUCAUAAACAAAGAGAAGAUUACGGUAUGUAAUUUCCCAAACCAGUAAAAACCAGAAUAAAGCAAUCGAAACCACACUGGUGACUGUACAUAUGAUAACAAAGAGAACUGCAAAGUGAGAUAUGAUCCAACCAGAUGGUAUGAUCUACACUCGCCGGCCACUUUAAUAG